AUGACAGAGAGGCAGGUGGAACGAUGGUGGAGAUUAAGAAGAAGCCAGGAUAAACCUUCGACCCUGGUGAAGUUCUGCGAGAACAUGUGGAGGUUUACAUUUUACUUGUACAACUUCUCCUACGGUCUCUUUAUAUUAUGGGAGAAGGAGUGGCUUUGGGAUAUCGAUCAGUGUUAUAUAGGAUAUCCACAUCAGGGUCUCACCAACGACAUCUGGUGGUACUAUAUGAUAUCAGCAGCGUUUUAUUGGGCGCUGACAUUCUCUCAGUUCUGGGACGUGCGUCGCAAGGACUUCUGGCAAAUGUUCGUGCACCACAUCGCCACCAUCCUACUGCUGUCCUUUAGCUGGGUCUGCAACCUGCACAGGAUUGGGACACUCGUGCUCUUAGUCCAUGACUGUGCUGAUAUAUUCUUGGAUGCAGCGAAGGCGGCAAAAUACGCCAAUUAUCAACGAUUGUGCGAUAGUAUCUUUGCUGGUUUCACUGUGUUAUGGAUCGUUUCAAGACUCGUUGUUUAUCCGUUCUACAUUAUUUGGAGUACAUCAAUCCGCGCACCCAUGUUGCUCCCGAUGUUCCCCGCCUACUACAUCUUCAACUCGCUGCUGUGUCUACUAUUAGGUCUACAUAUGGUCUGGACCUGGCUCAUAUUGCAGGUCGCCUAUAAGGCUAUUAGUGCUGGCCAGGUAAAUUAUAGUAGUUUUUCUAAAAUAUCUUAUAUCUUUUGCCUUUCCUCGUUAGAAUAUAGAUUUUUAACUACAUAA